GAAUGGGAAGCUAUCAUUGAAAUGCAUGGCGAACAGUUUGAUGACAGACUAUCGUUUGGACGCUUGACCAUAUUAAUUAUUUUAUUCCGUAAGCUACUAACUUCACCGAUUGUGACUCGUAUCUAUAAUUCAAAAACGUUAAGGCAUGGAGAGGAAAGUUGUGGCCGCUCUCUAGUGUCAGAAGUUAGCUAGCAGCCAAGCUAGCUAGCCCACUUAGCCUGGCUGUAGUCACCUGAUCUGACUAGCUACUGAUAGCUAGUAGCAUCAGUCUUUUUGGUGGCGGAGUUUGGUCAGCAGUGGUUCCCUCGUCCUCCAGCGGGGUGUUGUUAUUGGUGAAGUGAGGACAGUUCGGCUCGUCCAGAUAUCUUGUCAUGGAGGACCCAUUUGACAGUGAGCGAGCGUCCCUGCCCAGGAACAUGAUAGAGAACAGUAUGUUUGAGGAGGAACCUGAUGUAGUGGACCUGGCCAAAGACUCUACAGCCUUCCCAGAGUUCCCGGCAUUGGACCCAGAUGAGGUGGUGUACGAGCCCCGUAGCUCCCGUCUGCUGGUGCGAGGUCUGGGAGAAAACGACCUGGACGAUGAGGAGGAGGACUAUGAGUCGUCAGCCCGCCUACUGGGCAUGUCCUUCAUGAACAGAAGCUCUGCCCGCAGUCCUAGCGCCUCCCCUUACAUUAGACAGGCUCCACCCAGGUCAUGUUCCCGCCCCUCGGCUCGUAUGCUGGUGGUGGGCGUGUUCAUCUUGGUACUGGUCACGUCCAUGGCGAUGGUUCUCUAUUUCCUGCCUGGCUGUACCUUCACUAAGGCUGGCUGUCCUAAGGCUAACUCCUCCACUCCUAUGGAGCUGGUCUAUCCUAAAAGCACCAAUGGGGAGCUGUUUCCUUGGAAUGAGCUACGCCUCCCAGCCAGUGUACGACCUGUAAACUACGACCUCUCCUUGACCCCUGACCUGACUUCCAUGACCUUCACCGGCCGCACCAUCAUCAACAUGAUUAUACAACACGACACCAAGCGCAUCGUUUUGCACAGCUCCGAGAUCAAUAUCAUCAAGGCAAUCUUUCAGGUUGGAGAGGGUAAGAGUGUUGAGGUGAAGGUGUUGGAGUAUAAACCAUGGCAGCAGAUAGCUGUCAGCUUCCCAGAGGAUCUGAAGGAAGGCCAGGUGUGUGUGUUAACAUUGGACUACACAGCCAGCCUUUCACACGCCUACGACGGCUUCUAUAACAGCUCCUACAAUGACAAGACUGGAGCCAAGAGGGUCCUAGCUGCCACACAGUUUGAGCCCCAGGCAGCCAGGAAGGCCUUCCCCUGUUUUGACGAGCCUGCCUUUAAAGCCACCUUCCUGGUCAGGAUCACCAGAGAACCUGAAUACAUCGCUCUGUCCAACAUGCCCAAGGCUAAGACGACUACGUUACCCAGCGGCAUGCUGGAGGAUGAGUUUGAGCAGACUAGUGUUAAUAUGAGCACCUACCUGGUGGCCUUCAUCGUAGCCAACUUCACCAGCAUCACUAGAAAUGUAUCCAAUACACUGGUGUCAGUGUACUCUGUGCCAGAGAAGGAGGAACACACACAGUAUGCUCUGGACACCGCGUCCAGGUUGCUGCAGUUCUACAACACCUUAUUUGACAUCAACUACCCUCUGAGGAAACUGGACCUGGUUGCUAUCCCAGACUUCCUGGCGGGAGCGAUGGAGAACUGGGGUCUGAUCACCUUCAGAGAGACCAGCCUUUUGGUACAAAACCAGUCCUCUCCUCUCGACAAACAACUAAUCGCUAACGUCGUAGCCCACGAACUCGCUCACCAGUGGUUUGGGAACCUGGUGACGAUGCGCUGGUGGAAUGACCUGUGGCUCAGCGAGGGCUUCGCCACCUACUGGCAGUACGCAUCUCUAAUGACAGAGUUCCCACAGCUGUACCUAGGCAAUGUGUUCCUGGAGCAGCGGUUCAAAGCAAUGGCCAAAGAUUCUCUGAACUCCUCCCACCCAGUCUCAGUGUCGGCCCAGGUGACCACACCUGAACAGGUGUCUGAGAUGUUUGACUCGAUCACCUAUGAGAAGGGUGCGUCCCUCCUGCUGAUGUUGAACUCCACUCUGCCAGACGGUCAGUUCAGGAAAGGCCUUAUCAAGUACCUGUGUCAAUACAGAGGAUCUAACACGGUUACUGACGACCUCUGGAACAGCAUCACACAGGCCCAAGUGCUUCCCCAGCAGGAGAGUGUGUCAGACAUGAUGAGAACAUGGACGCUGCAGAAAGGCUUCCCAUUGGUUACCGUCAGCCGCAAGGGUGGUGAGGUGACCCUCACACAGGAACACUUCCUGCUCUCCACAGACAACACCACACACACCUCCAGCCUGUGGCACAUCCCUGUGACAUACGUGAAUGACAGCUGUAGCUCUGCCCCUUCCUGCAGACAGAUGUUCACUCUGAGGAAUAAGACAGCGACUCUGAAGGUGUCAGAGAGUGUGAAGUGGCUGAAGUUGAACUACAUGAACACGGGCUUCUAUAUAGUUCACUAUGGAGACGAGGGCUGGGCAGCUCUCAUAGACGCUCUAAAGACUGACGUCAGCACACUCACACCCCACGACCGCGCUUCGCUCAUACACAACAUCUUCUCCCUGUCCAGGCUGGGUCGUGUGUCCUUCCGUCAGGUUCUCAGUCUGUUGGACUAUACUACCAAUGAGACUGAGACUGCUCCUCUGACAGAAGCCCUAUCACAGCUCAGCUCUGUCUACAGACUACUGGACAAGAGACAGGAGCUAAGACUGGUGGCCCGCAUGAAGGCGUACAUCUUGGGUCAUUUUGGCUCUCUGAUGGACAGUCAGGACUGGGGAGUGGAGGAGAGUGUCUCCAGUCAGGAGCUGAGGUCAGCCCUGCUAGAGGUGGCAUGUAGUCUUCGACGCCAGAACUGUACUGACCAGGCCACGGCCCUCUACGAACAGUGGACCAACUCGAACCAAACCAAUCGCAUCCCAGGUGAUCUUCAGCGAGUGGUGUUUUCUGUAGCAGCCCAGUCUGACUCUGGUUGGCUGUCUCUGCUGGACACCUACAGACUCACCACUUACGACUCGGAGAAACGCAAGAUACUGCAGGCCCUCGCCUCCACACAGGACCCACGACGCAUCGUAUGGAUUCUGAGUGCGGUGCUCGAGGGAGGGAUUAUCCACACCCAGGAGCUGCCAUUGGUCAUCAGCACUGUGAGCGACGGCUUCGCUGGCCACUUGUUCGUCUGGGACUUUGUCAAAGAGAGCUGGGACAGGAUCAUAGAGAAGUUUCCAGUGGGGUCCUAUCCCAUCCAGAGCAUCAUCAAGUCCACCACCUCCCAGUUCUCUACUCAGACACACCUGGAGGAAGUCCAGGGUUUCUUCUCCAGUCUGAAGGGGCGGGGCUCUCAGAUGCGUAGCGUCCAGGAGGCUUUAGAGACCAUCAGACUGAACCAGCACUGGAUGGACAGGAACCUCGCAACACUUAGAGACUGGCUCUAACAUGGCCGCUUGGCAACUGUAUCCCUCGACAACCCGUUCUGGGGACCGUGUUGGCAUGGCAACAGCAGCUUUUGCACUGUCGUAGGGCUUGUCUCAAAUGAUCUCAUAUUCCCCUUUUUGUUACUACUUUUUUAACUACUUUUCGCUAGGGAUGGGCACGGUUAAUCGAAUAUCCGGAUAUACGGACAGACAUUAGUAUUCGAUGACUUGAGUGUUCAUUUAUGGAAGAAUCAAAAUUAGAAGCUUUUUUUUUUAUCAAUGGAAAAAGCUUUGUCUAAAUUAAAUGAAGCAAGGCAACAGUAAACAUGUUGUCCCCCACAAAUGAUGCAGAAAUCUAAAUGGCAGAAAAUCCAUCAUGGCGGACCUUAUUGUCUUUGUGAGGAGAGGAACCUCUGUACCGAAUGUCAUGACAUUAGGUCAAACGGGUGAGGGGCGUGACCUUUCAAAGUUUGCAUUUUCAAUCUCGUUAUAGCGCCACCAUCUGGCCAUAACUGUAAUUUUGUAAAUGCCGUAUCUCUAUGGCAAUACGCAUUAUUCACCCAAGUUUCGUCAAUCGGGCCAGUGCUAUCUGAAAUAUUGCGUGUAAAGACAGAUCGGGGAGGACAAUUAUACUUGGGACAUUUUUACCUACAAGGAUAUACAGAUAACUGCCAAAAUAAAGGACACACCUACAUAGUGUCUUAAUCUCUCUAGGGGACGUGAGACGUUAGCGUUCCACCUCUUCAACAGCCAGUGAAAGUGCAGGGCGCCAAAUUCAAAACAACAGAAAUCCCAUAAUUAAAAU